UACAGGAAACCAACAUGGCUACCCAGGGGAGGAGUAAAUUAUACGAUUUUUUAUAAAAUAUUGUGAGAUUUGAAUUAACAUGGCGUUUCGGAAAAAAUUGCAGUCGCUCAUUGGAAAGCAGGACCCCAGAUCUCCUGAUCAUGACUUUGCUGCAGAUGAAUUGGUGGGUCAGCCGGCAGUGGCCUUGUUUAAGGAACAUAUCCACCACAUAGACAUGCCCAAUGAUCCUCAUGCUGACAGAGACCUCCUGGAGUCCAUAGAGGCUGUCUACUACAGAGGGGAGGAGUUUGAUCCCAGUGAGUUUGAACUGGCUGGUUAA